AUGACCUACAUGGAGAUACUUACAGGUGAACGACGUCAUUUUACACCUAAUAAGGGUUGUAAACGAGCGUUCUUUCAAAUACAGAGUGAUUUCCACCAACAGGCAUUGAAAGUAUAUAGUCAACUGAAAACCCACGGUAUACAUUCAUCUAAUCGAAUGAAAUCUGGUGGCUUUCAAUAUACAGGAGUAGGCGAUACUGCUCGAUGCGACGUAUGUGGCCUUGAAGUGUCUGGAUGGAUUCGAGAGAUGGAUCCAUUUUAUAUUCAUCUUGAACGUAAUCCGAAUUGUUCAUUUGUUCGUUCUGUACAAUCCAAGGACAAGUUAAUACUCAACGGCGAAGAAAAUUCAUCCAAACGACAGAUAUUGGAAUUAGAUAUCAAUCGAUCGAACGAACAGAAGAAAAUCGCUGAAUUAGGUAUCCUUAAACAAAUACGUCGACGAACAUUUUCACAUUGGUUAGACGAAACAAUACCAACAAAGAAACAAAUGAUCACUGCUGGAUUUUUUCACUGUAAUGUUGGAGAUCGUGUUAUUUGUUUAUAUUGUAACAUCAUUUGUCAACAAUGGAUAGGAAGCAUAGAUGAUCCAGUUGAAGUUCACAAAACUCUGUCGCCAAAAUGUUCGUAUGUAUUGUCAAUGCUAACACAACCAAAGUCUUCACCUAUUUCGAUUGUAAAUGAAAUUUCAGCAGACAACAGUGGUAAUCAAGCAACAUCAUUGAAUAAUAUCAAUCAAGUUCGAUUCGAUCAAAUUGUUCAUACAUCACCAUAUCAUAUUGACUAUGCCAGUAUUCCAUGUCGACAAGCAACUUUUAAAACAUGGACCAAUGAGUCCUCGCCUUCUGUUGAUGAUUUAGUUAAAGCAGGAUUCUUUUUUACUGGCAUAAAUAAUAUUGUGAGAUGCUUCUAUUGUAACGGAUCAUUACAGAAUUGGAGCGGAAAUGAUAAUCCAUUAAUUGAGCACAUAAGAUGGUUUCCACACUGUACAUAUGCCAAACAAUUAAGCGGGAAUGAGCUUUACACUAAAGUUCAACAAGCCAAAAGCAUUCAACAAGGUUGA